AUGGAUAGAAGAAUGGUAACAGUUUUACUACCUUUUAGAGUAUCAGUUAAAGAUUUUGUAAAAUUUAAAAAUGAUCAAUACAAUAUUAAUAACCGUAUAAAAACAAGUUAUAUCAAUAAAACAUCAAUAAUGGUACCAGUUUCAAAAUUAAUAGAGCUCGAUAAAAUAUUGCCAUUAUUCUCAAAAAAAGAUUAUAUUAAAAAGAUAUUAGAAAAACCAGAAAUUUCUUUUAUAAGAUUUUCAAAAUGGAAUAUAAUUGAUCCUUUAGUUAAAUAUAAUGGAUUUUUCCCGGUAUCACCAGACUUUUGUGUAGAGUUUAGAUCUCGUAAUGAUACUUUACAAUUUCGUAAAUCUAAAAUGAUAGAGUAUAUACUACAAGGUGUUCAAAGUGCCCUAUUGAUAGAUCCAUAUGAUAACUCUGGUUGUUGCUAUUACUAUUGUGCCACUCCAUUGCAUGGUAGAGAUUUGCCACUCAUCCCAGACUCAGUGCCUUUACUGGAUUACAAUUUGAAUCAUGUUGGUGUAAAUUGUACUGAAUAUCCUUGGUCUAAUAUUGAUUUUAUGCAAGGUUACUUCCCACAAUUAAAAAUUGCUUUAUUUGGUUAUUUAAAUGGUAUUAUACUGGAUUUGGGUCAAAUAAAAAGAUUGGAUUAA